UUGUCCGGUCCUCAAUAAAUUUGCAGACGUUGCCCGUCUCUCUGCGCUGCUGAAAACUCGUAUCUUAGAAGAGCUCCAGCUGACUAGUCCUCUUCCAGAACCAAGGAACCAAAGUACGCAAUCAAACAUCGUCUUGUGGCUUGUGCACAGUGAAGCCGCGCGGGCGGCGGCUAUGGCGAUGGCGGUGGCACCGGCUGCGGCCGUGGACGGCAGGCGAUGUAGCAAGCUUGCCGCGGCUAUGCCAAGAACGAGCCCCGCCUACCUCUUCUUCUCCGUCGUUCUCGUCGGGGUAGUUGUCGUAUCUGCUCGUUGGAUCACCUCCACCACCACCACUUUUCAGGCGAGCCUCCCCACCACCACCGCCGCCGCCGCCGUUCUCAACACCCAAACACAACGCCCACCACCGCACUCGCCGUCCAAACAACCGCCACCACCUUCCGCCUACUCCAUCUCUUGCCCCAAACCUUCCCUCCAUCUCAACGUCUCCCACCCUACCAAAGCGCGCAAAUCCUCCCAAACCCUCGCCCUCGCGCUCUCCUCCUCGUUCUCCUGCCGCUCCUCCCCUGACCACGCGCCACCCACCACUAACGCCGCCGCCUCAUCCUCCAACUCGUCGUGCCCAUCCUACUUCCGCUUCAUCCAUGAGGACCUCCGCCCAUGGCGCGAGGCGGGGGGCGUCACCCGCGCCAUGCUCGCCCGCGCCCGCGUCACCGCUAGCUUCCGCCUUGUCGUGCUACGCGGCCGUGUCUUCGUCCAGCGCUUCCGGCCGGCGUUCCAGACGCGCGACCUCUUCACCAUCUGGGGCAUUCUCCAGCUGAUCCGCCGCUACCCCGGCCGCGUCCCUGACCUCGACCUCAUGUUCGACUGCGUCGACUGGCCAGUCGUACGCACGCACCUCUACCGCGGGAAGCACGCCCCCUUCAUGCCGCCGCUGUUCCGGUACUGCGGAGAUGACAGGACGCUGGAUAUCGUCUUCCCGGAUUGGUCUUUCUGGGGCUGGCCAGAGAUCAACAUAAAACCAUGGGGUGCCCUACAAAAAGAACUGAAGGAUGGUAAUAACAAGGUAAGAUGGUUAGACAGAGAACCUUAUGCUUACUGGAAAGGGAAUGCAGCAGUUGCGGUGUCACGGCGGGAAUUGGUGCAGUGUAAUGUCUCCAGUACGCAGGAUUGGAAUGCAAGGAUUUACACUCAGGACUGGUUCAAAGAGGGCAGGACAGGGUAUAAGAGCUCAGAUUUGAGCAGUCAGUGCACUUAUAGGUACAAGAUCUAUAUAGAAGGAUCAGCAUGGUCAAUCAGUCAGAAAUAUAUUCUAGCAUGUGAUUCGAUGACACUGUUGGUCACACCAAAAUAUUAUGAUUUCUUUUCAAGGUCACUUAUGCCGAUUCAGCAUUAUUGGCCUGUUCGGGGUGACAAUAAAUGUGCCUCCAUAAAAUAUGCUGUUGAUUGGGGCAACUCUCACAAGCAAUUGGCACAGAGCAUAGGAAAAGGAGCAAGCAAUUUCAUUCAAGAAGAGGUUAAGAUGGACCACGUUUAUGAUUACAUGCUUCACCUUUUGACGGAAUAUGCCAAGCUCCUAAGGUUCAAGCCAACUAAGCCACCUGAAGCUGUUGAGGUCUGUUCCCAUUCUUUGGUCUGCCAAGCUGAAGGCAUUGAGAUGAAGUUUCUUAUGGAAUCUAUGGUGAAGUCUGCCCAUGAUUCAGGUCCAUGUGAUCUGCCUUCUCCCUUUAACCCUCAGGAGCUCGCAAUGCUAAAACAUAGGAAAGAAAAUUCAAUAAGGCAAGUUGAAACGUGGGAGCGGAGAGCUUCAGCAGCUUAGAUAACAAGCUUUGAGUUCCUGCCUCUAUUUUUGUCCCCAAACACAGGAAUACAUUAUUGGCUAGCUAUUUAGGUUAAAUCUUAUAUAAUCUACAUUGUUGGUAUUGUGGUGCUAACAAAUAGUCAACUACCAAGUAUCAUUGAACUCGCUGUAAACAUCCAGUGAACUUGACCACAGUGCUAUACUCCCUUCGGUUAAGGGAUGUUUAGCUGUAACCACUAUUUCCUGUAUUUAGUUUGGAUUAGUUUUGCUUUGUAAAGCCAUUUUUCAGACAAUUAGGGAUAUGUUUAAUUCAGAAGAUAUGAGUUUUGGUACUUAUGCCA